CAGCAAACCUAAACAAUGGAGUCGGACAUUGAGCAAGUCCUGUGGACGGCGGCGGACAUCGAGCAGCGGGUCAAGGAGCUGGCGGCCGCAAUCUCCCGCGACCUGGCCAGCCACACCCCUCUGCUUCUUCUCGGGGUGGCCACCGGAGCUUUCAUGCUUGUGGCCGACCUGGCUCGCCAUCUCAAGCUGCCCGUCCUCGUCGACUUCAUCCGGGUGCAGUCUUACGGCAACAACACGCAGUCGAGCGGCGUGGCCACCGUCUCGUCGUGCGACGCCAAGAUCAACGUUAAAGGCAAGCACAUCCUCCUGGUGGAGGACAUCAUCGACACGGGGGUCACCUUGUCAGCGCUGGUGGACCAUCUGCUGGAGCGGGGAGCUGCCUCCAUCUCUGUGUGUGCGCUGCUGGACAAGGUAUGCCGGCGGAGGGUCGGCCUCACUCUCCCCAGCAACGGCAGGCUUUAUGCUGGCUUCCAGUGCCCGGACAGGUUCGUGGUGGGCUACGGCAUGGAUUUCGCGGAGCACUACCGAAACCUCCCAUACGUGGGAGUACUCAAACCUCAAGUCUACCAGAGUUGCAAGUCCGAUUGACUGUGCAUUGUGGUGAAUCGCAAUAUUGAAUCAGAUUAUCAUAGGUAAUUAUGCACAAACGAACUGCCUCCGCCACUCUGCGUCUCGUCUGGAUGGAUCCCAGCAAAUAAACAUAAAUACACCACCACCUCCCUGUUAUUCCUA